CAUCUCCCUCGCGCGCCGUCUCAACGCUGGCCGCUCCCAUGGCGUUCGAAGCCGCGCGUCUCUCCCCGUCCCUCGCCGCCGCCUUCCGCAGCCACCGCGCUCCUCCCGCUCCCCCUUUUCUCCGCCGCCUACCCCUUCUCCUCCCCCGCCGCUUCCUCCGCACUAGCGCCUCCUCCUCCGCUGGCGGGGACGGCCGCGCCGUCGCUCUCCCUUCUUCGGAGCUCCGGAAGCGCCGGAACUCGUCAUCCGGAACCUCGCCGCCUGCAGAGGACAAUAAGCUGCGCUCGCUCCGCCGACUCUUCGCGCGCCCGGACAUUGCAAUCGACGCCUACAUCGUUCCUUCCCAGGACGCCCACCAGAGCGAGUUCAUUGCAGAAUGCUUCAUGAGACGUACCUACCUGACUGGGUUUACUGGUAGUGCUGGUACAGCCGUGGUCACCAAAAACAAUGCUGCUUUUUGGACCGAUGGCCGGUAUUUUCUCCAGGCUGAAAAAGAACUGAGCCAUGACUGGACACUAAUGCGCAGUGGCAAUCAUGGUGUUCCAACCACUAUUGAGUGGUUGAAUGAUGUGUUACCAUCUGGUUGUCGAGUUGGUAUUGACCCGUUUCUUUUCUCAUCUGAUGCAGCUGAGGAACUGAAGAAUGGUAUUUCCGACAAGAAUCAUGAAUUAAUUUUGAUUAGAGAUCUUAACUUGGUUGAUGAGAUAUGGGGAGAAUCAAGGCCAGAGCCCCCAAAAGAACCUACCAGGGUGCAUGACAUCAAAUAUGCUGGUGUUGACGUGCCAUCAAAGUUGUCUUUUGUUAGAUCACAACUUGCUGAAAAUGGUUGUGACACUGUGGUUAUUUCAAUGCUUGAUGAGGUUGCAUGGUUGUUGAACAUGAGAGGAAGUGAUGUUCCACAUUCACCUGUAUUCUAUAGCUACUUGAUUGUAGAGAUGAGCACUGCUACAUUAUUUGUAGAUAGCAGCAAAGUAUCUGAAGAGGUUUUGGAACACCUUAAGAAAGCUGGAGUAAAUUUGAAACCAUAUGAAGCAAUUUUAUCUGAUGUAGAAAGGUUGGCAGAAAAGGGUGCGAAUCUUUGGUUGGAUUCUUCAAGUGUGAAUGCUGCCAUAGUCAGUGUAUUUAGAUCUGGUUGUGCCAGAUACUUGAAAAAGAGAGGAAAGACAGGGAGACAAACUGGAAAAGAAUCAUCUUCAGAUGAGCCAACCACCACCAGCCAUGGUGUUCAGAAUAGUGCAGUAAAUGGUCUGUACCAAGUUUCACCAGUCACCCUUGCCAAAUCAAUUAAAAAUGAGGCAGAAACUGUAGGAAUGAAGAACUCCCACUUAAGAGAUGCUGCUGCUUUAGCAGAAUUCUGGUGCUGGCUAGAGGAGGAAGUUCAUAAAAAUGUGGUGCUUACAGAAGUUCAGGUUGCAGAAAAUCUUCUUGAAUUUCGCCGAAAGCAAGAUGGGUUCAUAGAGACAAGCUUUGACACCAUAAGCGGUUAUGGUGCAAAUGGUGCUAUAAUACACUACAGACCAACUCUAGAUAGCUGUAGCUCUAUUGGAAGCGACAAUCUCUUUUUGUUAGAUAGUGGUGCUCAGUAUGUUGAUGGAACGACUGACAUUACAAGGACAGUUCAUUUUGGUGAGCCUUCCCCAAGGCAGAAGGAAUGCUUCACAAGGGUUUUGCAGGGCCAUAUAGCUCUCGACCAGGCAGUAUUUCCAGAGAGAACCCCUGGUUUUGUGCUUGAUGUUCUGGCACGCUCAUCUCUCUGGAAAAUUGGGCUUGAUUAUAGACAUGGCACAGGUCAUGGAGUUGGAGCUGCACUUAAUGUCCAUGAGGGCCCGCAGAGCAUAAGCUAUCGAUAUGGAAACUUGACAGCUUUACAGAAGGGCAUGAUUGUAAGCAAUGAACCUGGUUAUUAUGAAGACAAUUCAUUUGGCAUUCGUAUCGAGAAUCUGCUUUUGGUGAAGGAGGUUAAUUUAGCCAAUUCUUUUGGCGGCAUCUCGUACCUUGGUUUUGAGAAACUAACUUUUGUUCCGAUUCAGAAGGAAAUACUAGAUGCAAAGAUCUCCGAUGAAACUGUUGACUUGUUCAGUGGACUUCGUAGUUGCAGAGCUACACUUGAGCUAACAGAAAUAGCAAGCUUAUGGACUUAUCCUUGCUAUCACCUUCCGAGAUAAAUUGGGUCAAUGAAUACCAUGAACAAGUCUGGGAAAAGGUUUCUCCUUUCUUGAGUGGCAGUUCUCGCGACUGGCUGUGGGAUAACACAAGACCUCUUUAGACAGUCACACAGCAGCAUGUCGCGACACAACAAGGGCAACAAAAACGGCAAGUCACUAGAUAUUCACCUCUGGAAAACAAAGGUCAAACGAUGGUGGCUGACUGGCAGAGCCACUGGUUGAAGCUGGCAGUACCCAUUUUGGUGGCAGAGCCACAAUUUCCCGUACAUCUUCACUUGCUAUUAAUUAAUGAUGAUUAGUCACCAUGAUUAUUCAAUUCUUUUCUUGGCCUCACCCCCCACAAUAAAUGCUAGGAUUUUUUGUAAUAUGUGAUAAGUUACCCGAAUUGAAAAUUAUUUUUUUACACAUAAUAUAUUCAAACUUGUUGCGAUGACA